GCCAGAAACAAGUACAAGAAGUUCCCAACCAACAUCCUUGUUUGAGUUCCAUCUCUGAACAAAAUUGAAAUAUUUAUUCAGCCCAGUUCAGAAAAUCACUGCACAAAACAUAGAUAAAUCUCGACUCUCCAUCCCGUUUCUCGUACUCUAGCUCUCCUGUGUCACUAAUAAAUGGAUGAGAUACAAGAAUCUUUAGAGGCUAACAGGGACAGGAUCAGUGAAUUACCUGAUUGUAUUGGUUCCUAUAUUAUGUCUAAGUUAACAAUCAAAGAUUUGGUUACAACCAGCGUACUGUCAAAAAGAUGGCUAAGGAUGUGGAAAUUAAGGAGAAAUCUUGUUUUUGAUAUUCCCAACAUGUUCAAUAUUGAUCUUCCACCUCUGUGGGAAGGUGCUGGGCUGGAUAUGGACCAUGAAUUCCUUGAUCAGGUUACUGAUGAAUAUGUGAGACGAGUUGACCAAUUCGUGCAGACCUUCCCAGGGCCAAAGAUAGAUUCUUUCAGGCUGACCCACUAUAUUGAUGUUCACAAGUAUGUUUCUUUUGUUGACAAAUGGGUUGCUCGUGCAAUUGCAAUGGGAGUUGAAGAGAUUGCUAUGCUCUCGUACCCAUCAUUUACUACAUUUUAUGUGCCCAAGAUGAAGCGGCCCUACAGCUUUCCCUUUCGGCUUUUACCAGUGUGUAACAAAAAAUAUUUGAAGCAUUUGUAUCUGGAUAGUUGUAAUCUUAUGCCAUCUUCUCAAUUUUUCGCUGCAUUCUACUAUUUGAUAACCCUUCGACUGGAAGCUACAUUGGUUGGUGAAGAUUUUAUGAUUUCUUUGCUAUCCAAUUCUCCAUUCCUUCAAGUCUUGCGCUUGAAAAGCUGCAAAUUGCCAUCUGCUUUAGAGAUUGUUGGCCCAUCCCUUCACCACCUGGAGGUGAUUGACUGUCGUUACAAAGGGAAUGUUACGAUUUCUGCCCCGAAACUCACUGUUUUUGAACAUCGCAACCUGUUGGAGUUGGAGAAUAUCUUACCCCUUAAUGCUCCUCAAUUGAGAAAGAUAUUCUUCCACGCAUGGGAAGAGAGGAUGAUACCUCCUUCAAUUUCUCACUUCACUGGUUUUGCUCAGCUUGAAUAUCUCAACCUGCGCAUGACUUCUGGAGAAAUGCCAAGAUUGCCGGGAAACAUAGCGCCACUUAGGAAACUUAAGCAAUUGGAGUUGUCUGUAGAUGAAGGUGCUGCUCUAGGGUGCUCAAAUAUUUUGUGGGUUGUUCUCUUUUUGAAGGCUUCUCCUCUUCUGCAGAAGCUUACAUAUAGGCGUCCGGAAUCACCUCCUGGCUUCUCUGAAAAUGAAAGAAGUGAAAGAUGGCAACCGGAGGAGUUCACCCAUAAUCAACUUAAAGAAGUUGAAAUAGCUGGAUGUGUAGGUAAUUGGUUCGAAGUUGAGCUUGCUAUUUGCAUGCUGCAAAAUGUGCAGGGUCUUGAGCAAAUGGUCUUGAACCCCUCCCAAAGGUACUAUUACGGAGGUGGGAGUUGGAUUGAUGAUGAACAAAGCACGUGUCUCGGUGCAUCUCGUUAUUGGGCAGAGGGGCCGGGAAAUAGUUGUUGAAAAGCUUCGAGACAAAGUUCCUGGCAGUGCAAAACUCAUAUUGUUA